AGAUAUUCGAAUUUCAGGACUGCGAUCCUAACCCGGUGGAGCGAGGUCCAGUCUCUUCACUCGAAUUUGGUGCAACGACAUGACCAUUUACUUUUGAUGGCUCAAACGCUUAUCUCAGGCAACACAAGCGUGGCCGACACCGCUGUCACCGCAAGCGGACAGUAGAAGCGACAAUUCUUCGCAAGCUUCUUCAAUCUCUUCCACAAUAUCGUCGAACCGAUGACACAACACGGCGCCGAGCUAUUGGAGACAAAUGGAAACGAUCUCGAUGCAGGCAAUGCUUGUGAUGGAGAUUGGCGACGAUAUGCUCAACUUGUUGACACGAUUUACCGUUGGCGCAAACUCUUUCGGACCCAACGCGGGACUUAUGGUAUCGGUCCCGAAUGUAUGCUAGAGGGGGAUGUGAUAGCGGCCCUUUUCAAAGGUACCACCCCGUGUGCUCUUCGUUCAACAGAAGGAGGGUUCCUCUGUCUCGGUCCAGUCUACAUCCAUGCGUUGGUGGACGGGACAUACUUCGAGAACCUACGGGCCGAAGAAAGAGAUGAGCAAGAAUUCAUUCUGAUCUGAAGGGCUGGCUCACGUUAUGUGAGCUGUAAUCCAGCUCUGCGAAACAGCUACUUACUGUCCAAGACAUGCGAUCUCACCACCCUCUCUUGGCAGAA